AUGUACGUCUUCGGGGGGAGUGUAUCGCGCGGUGGGCGAGGCUACGAGACGGCGGGGGGGACGGAGGCGUGUGCGGCCAACGGCUAUUUCGACUUCCGCCGGAUUGUUUGGAAGUUCCCUGGUUCCGAGAGUGGGAGGCUCGAGGAUCCGAACCGGAAAGUCGAGCGUUCGAGUCUCAGGCCCGUGUGGGCGGCGCCUCAGGGCGCUUGUUCGGCUCAGGGGCCAGAAGGACGCCGGGACUUCCCACACGGGUGUGCGGUAGCUUACCAUAACGCACGACUGUUUGUGUUCGGAGGCCUCCUUGGGGCCGGCGGCUCGGCCGAGAGUCGUGGCAGGCUGUUUUCGUACCACUUCGUCUCUGAGAGAUGGACUGCUUACGGGGAUGGGACUAGGGACGGGACUAGGUACGGCGCUGGGCGCGAGACGGACGUGGAGCUAGCCGGAAAAGAAUCUUGCGGCCAGGACGAGAGCUGCGGAAACGGCCCCUGGUCGGCUGACUCGGGCAGCGGCGCCGAGCUCCCCUCAGCCGACCUCCACCAUCCGGGGCUGAGGCAAAAGCACAGUCUGGCCGUAGUAACCGUGAACGGCCAACCCUACUUGCUGCUGGUCGGAGGGUUCAACGGGUACCAUUGGCUAGGCGACGUGUUCCUUCUGAAUUUGGACCAACUAACCAGCGGAACAGGGCUAGCGAGAGCCAUCGGCGUCCUGUUUAAGCUGCCACAGUUUGCUGAUGUUGUCAUAGCCACGAGAAGCCGGUCGAUCUUGGCCCAUAAGUGUAUUCUGUUGGCUCGAUGUCCGUAUUUGUUCCAUUUAUUGUCGGAGGAGCCAGAGUGUACAUCUAUUGACCUGACGGAGUGGCCCGCUUCCUGUGUGGAAGCAGUUCUGGGUUGGAUGUAUUCGGGGGAGCUGAUUGCUGAGCAUGUCGAUGAAACGGUGGCUUUGAUGGACUUCCUCUGUAUCACAUCUCUAGAGUGA